AUAGUAACAUGAAGACAAUUAAUUUGUAGUUGAUUGGAAAUUCAAAAUCUGAAAAUUAUCCCCUUAAGACCUUAAGGCUUCUUCUUCUCCUCAUUUCUCAGUCUCACCCUAAUUUUUGCCCUAAAACCCUGUCUGCCGUCGCGGUGGCCGCCCAAGAAAGAAAGUAGAGUAGUUAACCGAGUGCUCACCCCCAAUUCACCAUGAAGCUUGUCAGGUUUUUAAUGAAGUUGAACAACGAAACCGUCUCGAUUGAACUCAAGAAUGGCACUAUUGUCCAUGGCACCAUUACAGGUGUUGAUAUCAGUAUGAACACACAUUUGAAAGCAGUUAAACUAACUCUGAAAGGGAAAAAUCCAGUGACUCUGGAUCAUCUCAGUGUGAGGGGUAACAACAUCCGGUACUAUAUUCUUCCUGACAGCCUGAAUCUUGAGACCUUGCUUGUUGAAGAAACACCUAGGAUUAAACCCAAGAAACCAACUGAUGGGAAACCUUUGGGCCGUGGACGAGGACGGGGCCGCGGGCGUGGUCGUGGUCGUGGCCGUUGAGUUGCAUUUUUCUUCAUUUUUGUGGCAUGUGGUUGUAAGCUAUGUAACAAGAAUUUCUAGGUGGUUUCAGGAACUUCUGAGCAGCAUAACUAUUAAUUUAUUCCUGCUAUUUUCUUGCAAGAGCUUUCAUGUUUUUGUGUACAACCACCUUCAUGCAUAAACCGAUGUAACAUGAAUUAUUUAUUGUCUUAUAGUUGUUAAUGUGGAACCGACUGUUGAGCAGUAUGACAAACGCGGCUCCUUAUUGGUUAUUAUUAGUUAUACAUAACAGUAAAUAGGCCCAAUAGUUUCCUAGUGAGUUUGAACUAGAUGAUGGAUUUCCUGAUGACACAGAUUCUUAUGUUUAUUUACAUGUAUGAAUGACAAUUUCUUAAACGUCUUA